UAACUUGAUCCUGAUGUCAUGAUCCUAAGGUAUAUGAUGCUUGCUGAAUUAAUUUAGUACCUCGAAAAACUAGAAUAUCAUAAUACAAACAAAUUAUGCCACAGGUCUUGUGGAAAUUUAUCCUUUUACAUACAUUUUAAUAUCAUAAUACAUUGUUAUAUUACAAGUUUUUGUUUUGUCCAGGAUUUUUCUAUAUACAAAAUUAAAACAGCAAGCUUCAUAUACCACAAGAUCAAUGUAUGCAAUCUAUGCCAUCAGGUUCAAAGGAUAAACUUGGAUAUGUGAUAUGGAACUUUUACCAUCAGAAUGUUUUCUGCAGCGACAGUGGAAGGCAUAUUCAGACUAUAUUUAUUAAUUUCCCUUGCAAUUACUGUUAAGAGUGCUCAUAAAAAUGGGGAUCUUUCUUUGUGGAUUGACGAACAGCAAGUUAAAAUGUUUAGCGGUUUCGCUAUGGAAAUCUACGCAAUUGUAGAUGGUCAUGUUUUGCCAUACAUUUUGGACCCAAAAUUUGAACAGUAUCUUCCAAUAAUACCAUCAGAGGUAGCAUAUGUAAACUUUACUUGGAAAUCUGGUGUCAAGAAGUACAAUUAUCAUUUUGAUAACUUGCAAUCCUUUGAUGAAACCAUACUGGAGCCACCCGUGAUAUCAAUAAAGACGAAAGGGCGUGUGCCAAGGAGACCAAAAGUUUUUAGUGUGUUUCUACCAUGUUCUGGGAACAACUCUGGUAUUGCUUCAUUUGGCAUUGGACUGCAGAUUGAAACUCGUAAGGGACGAGCUCUUCCUGGGACACCUCUGAGACUGCGACUAAGAAAAGAGUGUGUUCAGAGGGGUGGGGGACGUACUCUUUCAGGACCUGAUCCGGAGUGCGACAAGCGCUGUGCCAAUGGAGGCUGGUGUAACCAUGAUAAAAUAUGCCAGUGUCCAGAAGGCUACAUGGGGCAGUAUUGCAAGACAGCGCUGUGCUAUCCUCAGUGCAUGAAUGGAGGCAGCUGUACCUCUCCGGGAACUUGCAGCUGCCCCAUUGGCUUCCAGGGGCGACACUGUGAAGGAGGGAUCUGUGCAGAAAAGUGCCUCAAUGGAGGGAAGUGCAUUCAAAAGGACACAUGUGAAUGUCCCAAAGGGUACUACGGAUUAAGAUGCGAAUUUUCCAAGUGCAUUGUGCCGUGCCUGAACGGGGGACGAUGCCACGGGGUGAACAAGUGCCGGUGCCCUGGGGGAUUCCGUGGCGAUCACUGUGAGAUUGGCCGGCGUGUUCCUCAGAGGAGCCUGUGCUCCAAGCCGUGCCGCCACGGAACGUGCCAGGCUGACAAUACGUGUCUGUGUGAUGACGGCUGGUUUGGACGUCAGUGUCACCAGAAAAAUCCUCACCAUGGGAACAGCUCUCGUCACCAUAAACUGGAUGUUUGAAUGGAGGAACAAUCAAGUAGAAAUAAAGUAUUGCUGGCUUCAUUUUUAUAUGACAUAGAAGUAAGCAUGCUUUUAAAUUUGUGCCAUAAUUACAAUCAUGGACUUUGUAUAGCAUUACACAUUUUCUCUUAAGGGGACUGCCUGGCUGUUUGCAAGAGGUAUGAAAGCACAGGAGCGCUAAGGUUGCACUGGCUUGCACAUCACGUCUUUCCGGGAGGUGCUAAAUUGGUGUGCAGUCUUCGUUUCAGAAAUGUGUCUCUGAGACUUGCCAAACCCAAAAUACCAGAUUUUUGCUUUUAUCACUGUCCAAAAAGUAUACUUUAAAAACAAAACAUGUAUAGAAAAGUGCAAUGGCUCUUAAAUGUUAUUCGUAAAUAAAUCUUGAGCAGAGUGUAAACGGAAUGGUAACUCCUGGAGCCCUGCGUACUGUUUGGCAGCCCAGUCAGGUGGCUACUUUAAAUUAAUUAAAAUAUAGUACUGUGGGGACCAAAUGCCUUGUGAUCUUAAAUAUUGGUAUGUAGUUUGAAAAAUUUGCAUUCUUCGACAUAUUUUCCAGAAUUGCACAGAAGGCUGAGAAAAAUGUGCAUGACUUGGCACAACCCAGCUGCACACUAACUGUUACAAUUUUACAUCUGUAUUGUUUGUUCUGUGUGGCGAUGAAAACAUUACAUUAUAAUUAAUAUUAUGUUGACAAAAACAUUCCCAACUACACUGAUUAAUUUUUCCUUGGCUAGUUCAGUGCCAUUAAAAUUGUGCAUACCGUGUUUUCUUGCAUUAUCGUCGCACAUUUUAUUCUAAAAUCAAGUUUGAAAAGUAGGGGUGCGACAAUUAUGCGGUAAAAAAAUUUUAUGUUAGAUAAAGUUAUUCGUAAAAACAAAGCCAGUUCAUGGAAAGUACGUUUAUUUUAAAAAAGGUGGAGUAUACAAGAGCACGCCAAACAAUCUAUAUUAAUAAUUCAUUAAACAAAAACCAUUCUUCAACUUUAAAUAGAAAAACCAAAACUCUAACGCGAACGCAAGCCACUUGAAUCUGACGUGAACUAACGUGUCGUAGUACACACUUGCCACGAAAGAAUGCAGGCUAUCAAAUGUAGUUAACUCGGCACCUGACAGAGAGCGCGCGUUGCAUCCAAUCGGCGAGAUAUCGAUAUUCGACAACGUGCGCGCGCUCUAUACGGGAAGUAACAUAACCAAACAUGAAUAAUGCCAACGAGCGCUGGCUACAUGUUCAUAAGCGGUAUGCCACGGCAACGCAGACUAUCAGUUAAAGGAAAUAACGUUUAAAAAGUCUUUAAAAGAAAAUUUACACGUUAGACAACUUCAUAUUUCCGUUAAUUAAAUAAAUAAGUGGUAAUGACCUAAAUUAAAUUUUAGAUUUCUACUUUAAAAUACAUUGUUUUAUACGGAAAAUAUACCUACACAAAGCGCUCGGCAUCUACUAGCGGGACCAAAAACAUUAUGCAAGUUUAUGAGAGAAGUUUUUUUAUCCCAAUUUUGACGGCCUAAAAUAUGGGUGCAACGAUUACGCGAGUGCGAAGAUUAUGCGAUAUAAGAGGGUAUUCUAUGUUAGUCAAUAUCCAGCAGUUUCUAAAUGCUUAUCACAACAGAAAUGUUAGUUCUACUAUGUAAUUGAAAGUUCUCGCAAGACAUCUGGUCCUCCCUACCAUGCCAUUCAUUUGGAGCAUGUAAGCUGCCUGUAAAUUUAAUACAGACUUUAACUGUGUCAUACUAUUUGUAGUUAAAUAUUCCAUAUUAUAUUUUUUAAUUUAAGGACACUCAUGACUCCUGAGUAAUUGCUGAUGUAAAAGAAUUAAUUAUGAUAUAUACUAUAGCAGUACCGACAAACAUUGGUAAUACAAGUAUACAUAUUGUGCUCAUAUCCAUUUUUUAUUUUACCCAUGUUGUGACUAAACUUAAAAUGUUUGUUUUGUAAUUACCAAAAAGGCUGAGCUGUAAAUUUUAAAUAUAAAUCAUAUUUAGAAAUUGAAGACACAAAAUGGCAGCACAGAAUAAAUAAGCUGUGAUAUUUUAGGCCAAAACAUUGUUACGACAGUAGUUGAAUGUUAGUGAAAAACAUUGAGAAGUGUGGUUGCAGUAUUUUUUUUUUUCAUGCUGUUACAAAUAUUUUCAGAUGAAUACAUUUUUUUUAUCUCACAUUACAGCUAAGUAUUUGAGAGUGUGUUGUUUAUGUAGAAAAAUUCAAUAUUACAUCAAUUUUAGUAGCUUUUAAUAUUUUUGCAAACAUUACUUAACUAGCAUAAAUAACAAUAGUGUAGCCAAUGUACAACUACCUACUUAAUGAAAACUGUAAGAAACCAAACUUCUAUUAAAAUAUUUUCUAUAAUUUUUUUGAUGGUAAAAGGAUGAAUUAUGUUUUUUUUAUUAAAAUUUAGUUUUAAAACAAAAUUUUAAUGUCAGUAAAUACUUAUUUGUGUGCUUUUCAACAGAAAAAAAGAUAUAAACAUGGCGGCUUUCUCACAGCGUCAUUUUGAUUUAUAACUCUGAUGCCAGGGGUCAGUCACAAAUUUGGAAUACCCAGAAUUCUGAAACUGAAAUAAAACUGCUACCAUAAAUGUUAAAAGUUUACGACUAUCUAGUGAUUAUAUAUUGAGUGCACUGGUUACUGUUUUAUUUUUGUAGUGUAAAAUUAGCGAUAUUUUGUAUGUAGUUUAUGCUAGCAAAUUAUUACAUAUAUGGCAGAAUGUUAAUUUUUAUUGUGAUCUGCUGAACCAUUUGCUGGCUCUCAAUAGUUUAAUAUGGUGAAUACUUAAAAUUGUAAUUGUUCUAUGUAAAUUUAUAGCCUAUGUAUUUAAAUGUUCUACUUUUUGCAUGUUGAAUUAAGAAUUUAUAUAAUAAAUUCUAAAAAUUUAGAAACUUUUUAUACUUAUGUACUUACAAUUUGUAUUUUAGUAUAUACAUUUUUUUUUUGUAAAUAAAUAGCGCAGUUUCUGUGCUUUUGAAAUGUCUGCAUAAAUCUGUGAUAAAAUAUUUCUUAGUUUAUUGCUAUUUGUAGUUUUAUAUUUGACUUUAUUUGUAACAAAAAUUGCAUAGCCUAGCUUACUGAGAAAAAAAUAUUGUUUUGAUAUCUGAAGUCAUCAAAUGACAGUUAUUGCCUUGAAACAUAAUUGUAAAAUACUUUAUAAGCCUGUGUACUAACAUUAUAAUUUGUAUGCAUAACUUUGUAUUUUAAUAAAACAUACUAAAAUGUGUAGAAAU